AUGCCGACUCUGCAGAUCCGCAACAGCAUCAUCCCGGAAAGUGGGAAAGUUUUCAUCGUGGCAGACUACGGACUCUUCGGGCAGCUAGACCUGCGAGUGCUGGCGCACACUUCCGGCUGCCCCGACCUCAUCGGUGCUCUCAAAUCAGGGAUUGACCUCCAUUCCCACACAGCGGCACAGAUGUAUCCUCACAUCCAAGAUGCCAUAGACAAGGGUGAGGUGUCCCUGGAGGGCGACCGCAGCCAACGCCUCGUCAAGGACGUGUACCCCUCGGAGCGCCGUAGCGCCAAGGCCGUCAACUUUGGCAUCGCUUAUGGCCUCACUUCAUACGGCCUGGCGAAGCAGCUGAACCUUGGGCUGUGUUUACCAGCGGAAUAG